AUGUUAGUGGCUUUCUGGUGGGGAACUGAGGAUCACCAUAGGAAAAUUCACUGGGUCUUUUGGGAAAGACUCUGCUUACCUAUAGAUCAAGGUGGUAUGGGCUUUAGGGACCUUGAAGUUUUUAACCAGGCGAUGCUUGCUAAACAAGCAUGGAAGGUGCUCUCAUCUCCUGACUGUUUUCUGGCUUCUCUCCUAAAGAGCAGGUGCUUUCUUGAUGGUGAGUUCUUAUAUGUGUCCCUUGGGGCCAGGCCAUCCUAUGCUUGGUGUAGCCUGCUGUAUGGGAGAGAGCUACUGAUGAAAGGUCUCAGACAUAAGGUUGGCAAUGGACGGCAGACCAGAGUUUGGCUUGAUAAAUGGAUUGCUGACCUGGUGGAAGGCUUGAGAGCUCCGUGGAUUAAAAAUGCUACUUUUGAUGUCAAUUUAAGGGCUUCAGCGCUGAUAGACCUGUCUACACGCAAGUGGAAUGAAGGGGCUCUUAAUGAGGUAUUUGUUCCUUCUGACAUUGAGUACUUGCUAAGGAAUCAACCGGUGGUAUCAAAGGAGGACUUUAAGGUUUGGAAUUUAACAAGGAGUGAUCAGUUUUCUAUGAAAUCUGCGUAUCAACUUGCCUUCUCGGAAAAAACUAAAGUGACCCAGCCUGAGACUUUCAAUCAGCCGUCGGUGAACAGUCUAAAGGAGAAGGUGUGGAAAGUUCCCACAUUGCCAAAGAUCAGAGUCUUUGUAUGGAAAGUUCUUAAUGGGGCUCUGCCUGUUGCUGAUUUAUUGGAAUCAAGAGGCAUUCCUUACCCUAGACUUGGAUUUCAUGAGAACUCGAUCUCUGAAAAUAUCAGUUACUUGUUACAUCUGAGGCAAGAUCGAGUGGGGGACAGUUCCUCACCUAGAAUGUGGUCUUGGCUCCUGUGGGUAAUAUGGAAAGCGAGAAAUGAGUUAUUGUUCAAGAGCAUUAUGCCGAACCCCUCAAACAUCUUGUUGCGAGCGAAACAAGAAACAGAGGAGUGGUUUGAGGCCCAAACGGUAAAGGAAAAUUUACAGCUUCAGCUGCAGUUUAAGCCGAAGAAAGGCAAAGCCAGAUGGAAGCCUCCUUUGCCAGGGUGGACGAUGUGUUCUCUUGAUGAUGCUAAGCUUGUGGGGGUACUGUGGAGUCUUGAGAGUAUGGGAAGUCAGAGGAUUUCGAACGUGGUGGUGGCGGGUGAGUUUGCGGAAUUGUUUGGAGCGGUGGAAAGGUCCCAAGCGUGGCCUUCCUUCCUGCAUCAAAUUGAGGAGAUCAAGCGGGGGAAGGACAGUAUUGAUGGCUGUAUGGAUGAUGUUUAA